AUGUCUAAACAAGUAUUGAAUACAAUUAUUCAAGAAGUUAAAGCUUCUCGGUACUUCUUGAUCAGUGUUGACUCUACACCAGACAUAUCUCAUAUCGACCAGCUUUCAUUUUGUGUUCGAUAUGUCAACAAUAAAGGGGAACCAGUAGAAAGAUUUUUAUGUUUUUUAGAUCAAAUAGGACAUAAAGCGGAUGACAUGACAAAUGCUGUAUUUAGUGUAUUAAAAAAAUAUGACUUAAAUAUUGAUUAUCUUCGAGGCCAAUCUUAUGAUAACGCCAGCAAUAUGUCUGGAAGUUACGCCGGACUGCAAGCAAAAAUAAAAGAAGCCAAUCCCUUAGCAAAAUUUGUACCAUGCUCUGCGCAUUCCCUUAACCUGGUUGGAACUAAUGCAGUUGAUUGUUGUACUCAAGCCGUUUUAUUCUUCAAUUUACUUCAAAAUGUUUACACGUUUUUCACAGCUUCUACUCACCGCUGGAAAGUUCUAAACGCUUCUGUUAAGGGACUUUCAGAAACAAGAUGGUCUGCUAGAGAUGACGCUUGCCAAUCUCAGAACAAAAACUGGUCUUUAAUUAUUAAUGCAUUAAAUUUAAUGAAUAAUGAUGAUACUGAGAAAACACUUACUCGAAAUGAAGCUAGUGGAAUUCUCAACAAGUUAAAUAAUUUAGAAACUGCAUUCCUAUCUAUAUUCUGGGGUCAAAUAUUACACCGAUUCAACUUAACGAGCAAGAAAUUACAAGGUAUCAAUAUCGAUUUGGGUGUAGUGUGUGAAUUGUAUAAAUCAUUAAUAACAUAUAUCAUUGAUUUACGCUCUGAUAAAAACUAUGAGUAUUUUAAACAAUGUGCAAUUGAAAAAAGUAAAAUUAAGCAGUUUCAAUCCUGUACCAAACGAUUAAAAAUAAGAAAACAAUUUUUUGAUGAAGGGCCAUCUAAAGAAACAACAGUUGAAUACUCUGAUUUUAAAAAUGCUGAAAUACUACAAAAUGAAUAUAAAGAUGAUCUCAGUACUUUAUUUGCUAAUGAAUGUGUUCAUUUUAGGAGCCACUUAUUAAGUAUCGGUGACGAGGCUCCUAAGACUAUCCAGGAUAUGUGUGGUUUUUUGAGAAAAAAUGAUUUAAUAGGAAUGUACCCUUAUAAAGAUGUAUCUCUCAGAAUGCUAUUAUGUCCUGUAAGUAAUUGCUCGACCGAACGGUCAUUCUCAUGUUUAAAACGUGUCAAAACAUAUCUGAGGUCUUGUAUCUCAGCAGAGAGACUCAGUGAUUUAGCUAUUAUGAAUAUAGAAUCUGAUGUAACACCUAAAACUGAAUUUGAUGAUAUUAUCAAUGAAUUUGCUACACUACAAAGUAGAAGAAAAAUUUAG